AUGUGGGCCGAGUUCGAGUGGGAGAACAAGGUGGCGGUGGCCACCUCCCUCACCGACGAGGCGGCCUACCUGGACCACGUGUUGGCCGCCACCAACAUGCGGUGCCUGACCCCGGCCUCCGCGCGGCGCGGCGACGCCGGGUUCCUGGCCGCAAACCUGUACGCGCGCUCCGUGUUUGGCGAGGACGCGCUGGUCAACGUCGCGCUGGAGCGGGGCGCGGACGGUCGCCUCGCCGGCUUCGUCCGCAUCCGGUCCAAGACCCAGGGCAUCGCGCUGUCCCUGGGCGACAAGCUCAUCCUCAAGCAGAAGGGCGUUUGA